AUGGCGGAAGCACAGAGGACAAUCCGAUAUAAACUGGUCCCAUUCGCACGCAGCGGGACGAUUAAGGUGGAGAGUCUGCACGCCGCAUCUGAAAUAUGGAAGUCCUGCUUCGGCAAAGGCGGCAACUUCACCGUCAUCGUGAAAGAGGCAAAUGACGCUUCCGAGGAUGUUGAACAUGAGGCGGUGGGUGAGGUUGAGUUUAAGGUGUGGUCCUUCCUGCUUGCGCAGUGGUCUCCCGUCUUUGAGAAGAUGAUCGCCUCAGAUAACUAUGUCGAGUCGCAGAGGGCGGAGGUCGUCAUCCAAGACUUCUCGGCUAGUGCUGUUGAGAUCUUCCUGCGCUUUUUGUACUCUGGGAGCAUUGAGGGCUCUGCCACGGCAAUGGUGGAAGUGGCCGCGAUAGCAGACAAGUAUCAGGUCGAUAGAUUGCAUUCUUUGUGCGUGCGGUGUAUAUCGCAGGAACUGAGACCUGAGCUGGCAUGCGAGGUCUUCGCUGCCGCAGACCGGUUUCGGAUGGAGGAUUUGCGAGCAGAGGCUCGCGAUCUCAUCUUCACCAGUCCUGCAGCAGCCUUGAACAAGCGUCCAGCAAUCCGGCCGGAGCUUUUGGAGGAGAUCCUGACAUCAGGCCUGCUGUGCAUACCAGAGGAUGACCUGAGGGAGAUUCUCCGGAGCUGGGGAACACAGGAAGGUGACUCCCUGGAAUCGAUCAUUAACAUCCGAACACAGAAUCAGCACACCAAAGACGUGCUGGCCACUCUCUGGCAGCGAUACGACGCGGCUGGGAAGAAGGGCGUUUUUGUGGGCUACUGGGUGUCCGUGAUCCUAGGGCCAGGCCUUGGCGAAGCCUACACCAAGGACGAGAUCGAACUCAUGGCGAUCGGUGGCUGGGAGAGAUUCACCCUCUUAGAAGAAGGGUGGAUCCAGUGGAUGCUUCCCCAUUCCUGGGUUCAUCUUCAGGGCUUCUGCUUCGGACGCGAAAGCCGAAUAACGCCCCGGACAUCCUUCCGAAUCUGGGUCUCCGGAGACGGUGCGACCUGGCACCUCUUCUGCAACUAUCACUCGGAAAUACCACCCCCGGGUCUUAUCUUCUUUGAGUCCGACGCACCUGCAGGCCUGGUGAAGUGCUUUAGGCUGGAAGUCCUGAAGGGUGAGCUGUCCAAUAUCUCCUUCGGGAUCCAAGGCAUCUUGCAGACGCCCCUUCCACAGCAACUGGAAUGA